AUGGUCCUCAAACUAACGCCUGACCGAAGAGUUAUGAUAAUAGCGGGCAGUCCUUCCUAUUGUAAGGCCUCCGAAGAUAAUAACCAUACAAACGGUCGCAUUAAUAAUAGCCAUGAGUUAGGAUUCUUCGCUAACUUUGCUUUCGGACCAACGGGAAUCCUUUAUGUGACAGAAGUGUCUGACAGUGGCGUCAAUAGAGUGCGAGCCCUCACACAAGAGGGGGAACUCAUUCAUUUCGCCGGCAAAAAGGCUAAUACGAGGCACUCGUGUCCGGUCGAGAUGUGCAAAGAUAUAAACGCCCAGAACUGCACCUGUGCCCUACCCAACCUGUCCGGACUCGUACAACAACCCAAUGAGUUCGAGAAUUGA